CGUGAAAUUCGUCCCCUGCUCACUCCAAUUGUGGCCGAGCCUGGACAGUCAACCCCUUCGACUGGCCCAGAGACCCCAUCCAGCACCGCAACCUUUUCAUCUUCUCCAGCCGGCCUCUCAACAUCAGCCUCUGUUGCAUUCUACUACACUUCUACUCACUCAUCUUCUGCAGCCACGAUGUCCACUUUAAUGAUGAGUAUAUUUCAACGUGGACCGGCCUGUUUGAUCUGGCCCAGCCUGGCCGCCUGCCUUGUUCAGCUCGCGGCCUAUGCGGUGCACACUGCGGAGUCAAAGUCACCUCCGCUCCCUUCACUUUUGGCCGAUCUUGCCACCGACGACGGCGGUAGAACGGGCGAUCGAGCCACAGAUGAGGCCGUCAGACUCGUGGACAAUAGUCUAUUCACUUGGCAUGUGGCCUCAGACCGAUUUAUUAUUGAGGUGAUUUUGCUUCCAAAUUAUCGUUCUCUAUUCCGAUUUAGAGCCUAUGAUGCCCAUGUCCAUGCCCACGCACAUGCCAGUGCCUGGGAAUCUUCUUCUCGACAGGCUUCAGACUCACAACUCGAUUAUCCUCUUCCUCAUCCCCACCCACAGUGUGUCUCAUUCUCUGGGGACAUCUGUCUGGCUUAUGUCAUAACCGCUGGUGUGAGAAUGCACCGCUUCCUUUUUUCCCUUGAAUCGCGAAAAACACACUGA